AUGAGCCAGCAGCACCAGGAAAAGAAGAAGAAGGUGGUGUCGAUCGCACUGCUCGUUGCCGACACGCCGCCGCCGCCCGUGGUGGCGGUUCGCGGCGACUACACCAAGAUCUACCCGCGCUUCCUGCAGGAGUCGCUCAACACGAUCAAGCGCCAUCCGUGGCAGCCACACGUCGAGCUGCACAUCCGCUGCUACGACGUGGUCAACAAGAUGGAGUAUCCAGACGAGGGUCAGUUGGGCGAUGGACUUUGGGACGCCGUCAUGAUCACCGGCAGCGCCUCGUCGGCGUAUCUCGAUCUGGAAUGGACCAAGAAGCUGGCGGCGUUCCUGCGAGCAACGGCAGAGAACCAUCCUCUCGUGCGUCUGAUCGGUAUCUGCUAUGGUCACCAGAUCCUUUCGCGCGCCUUUGACGGUGUCGUUGAAGCCAACCCCAAGGGCUGGGAAUUGGGAACCACCUCUUGCACGCUUACCGAGCAGGGACGAUACCUUCUUGGCUACGACGAACCAUCGGAAGGAGACCAGAUGGCCAUUCAACAGGUGCACAAGGAUCACGUCAUCGAUCUUCCGCCGGACUUUGGUGGCGAGAGUUUUGAGAACCUAGCCUCCACCGACAUCUCACCCAUCCAAUCACUUAUCCUGCGCUACCCCACCGAAGCACCACCGCUUGCAUCCACGGCCCAAACGUCCGCAUACAUGGCAUUCGAUAUCGAAGACUCGGAAACUGCAUCAUCGGGUCCACACCCAUUGCGAAACAUGCACGUGCUCACCUUCCAAGGCCAUCCCGAAUUCGACCGCGAGAUCGUCGAGAACAUCAUCGAGGUUCGCACCGAAAUGGGCAUCGUCACGGGCGAACUGCGCGAGCGCUCGCUUGCCAAUGCAAAGAAACCCCACGACGGCCUCAAACUAGGCCGCGCCAUCCUCGCCAUGCUCGGCAUCGAAGAAGCCCGCACCGACUCGGGCGACAGCAUGAUCAACGUCUAG